AAGUCACAAGAAGAUUCACCCCGACAUGUCACGACGCCGGGAAAUGUAAUUGUCGAGGCGGAUUCUCCUUUAGCCCCCGAACUCACUGCGGAGGCACUCCCUGUUAAAGUAAAAAUCCCACAAAUCGGCAUGUAUGAUGGGACGUCAGAUCCAGAUGCACAUUUGGGCCAUUAUACGUCCUGGAUGGAUUUACAUGUGGCUUCAGAUGCUCUGAGGUGUCGGAUGUUUUCGCUUACACUAGGGCCACGAGCCCAAAAAUGGUAUUAUACUCUCCCACCUCAUUCGAUUUGGAAAUGGCAACAGUUACGUGCAGCUUUCCGAUCACACUUUAUCGGUGCUCAAAUUUGUCUCAUUCCGAAAGAAUCGAUUACCAACAUUGUGCAAAGGGACGACGAGACUGUAAAAGACUACGUGGCUCGGUUCAACGACCGAAUUCAGAACAUGGAGCCCUGUCAUCCUGAAACUUUGUUAGUAACUGCUAUUGCUGGACUGAAGCCCAACUCAAUGUUUCGUUGGACUUUGUGUCAAAAUAAGCCUGCUACAUUUCAAGAGUUUCUUGUGCGAGCUCAACAGUUCAUUAUUGCUGAAGAAUCCAUGUCGGUUCCCAGUUUCGACUUCUCGGUGAAGGAGAGGAAGGCUGAACCGGAUGCUAAAAAGAAGAACAAGAAGAACUUUGGGAAAGCACAGUUUCGGAACUCCUCUAAAGGAUAUGAAAAUACUCCAGAGUCUCGAGCUGCUCGUGAUCAGUAUUCAGACAACGUCAGGACAGGUUAUCAUGCCGUUUAUUCCGCCGGAGUAGCCACCAUAUAUGAAGAACUGAAAGGAAAGGGAAUUAUCCCAGACCCAAGGCCUGUGAGAACUCCUGAAGACAAGUUGGACAAAACUCGGUACUGUGCGUACCAUAAGUCUCCAGGACACAAUACCGAUGAGU